GGUAUAAAUCAACCAGCACCAUGUUAUCCUUAUGAUACACCAAUGUCCUCGUUUCCUUAUUCUAAUGCGUACGGUAGUGUAGACCUCAAUAGCGCUACACGAAGAAAAAAUGCUACUAGGGAAAAUACCACAACACUAAAAGCCUGGUUAUACGAACACAAGAAAAAUCCUUAUCCUACCAAAGGUGAAAAAAUUAUGUUAGCCAUCAUCACCAAAAUGACUUUAACUCAAGUUUCUACAUGGUUUGCUAAUGCUAGAAGACGACUGAAGAAGGAGAAUAAAAUGACGUGGUCACCAAGAAACAGAUCUGGUGAUGAUAAUGAUGAUGAU